CCCUCGGGAUGGAGGUGAGAAAACGGCCGUGAGGAGCGCCCGCGCGGGCCCCUGCACCCCCAGCUGCCCACAGCGCUCCCUGCCCCCCUCCCCCGCGGCGGCCAGCCUCGCCGUCCAGUGACAGCGGCCUGGGGGGGCGGGGGGCGGGGGCGGCCGGACCAGCGAUGCCGGCGGGCAUGACGAAGCAUGGCUCCCGCUCCACCAGCUCGCUGCCGCCCGAGCCCAUGGAGAUCGUGCGCAGCAAGGCGUGCUCCAGGCGCGUGCGCCUCAACGUCGGGGGGCUGGCGCACGAGGUCCUGUGGCGCACCCUGGACCGCCUGCCGCGCACGCGGCUGGGCAAGCUCCGCGACUGCAACACUCACGACUCGCUGCUCGAGGUGUGCGACGACUACAGCCUCGACGACAACGAGUAUUUCUUUGACCGCCAUCCCGGGGCCUUCACCUCCAUCCUCAACUUCUACCGCACCGGGCGGCUGCACAUGAUGGAGGAGAUGUGUGCGCUCAGCUUCAGCCAGGAGCUCGACUACUGGGGCAUCGACGAGAUCUACCUGGAGUCCUGCUGCCAGGCCCGCUACCACCAGAAGAAGGAGCAGAUGAACGAGGAGCUCAAGCGUGAGGCCGAGACCCUCCGCGAGCGCGAGGGCGAGGAGUUCGAUAACACGUGCUGCGCCGAGAAGAGGAAGAAGCUCUGGGACCUGCUGGAGAAGCCCAACUCCUCUGUGGCUGCCAAGAUCCUUGCCAUAAUUUCCAUCAUGUUUAUCGUCCUCUCCACCAUUGCCCUGUCACUCAACACGCUGCCGGAGCUUCAGAGCCUUGAUGAGUUUGGCCAGACCACAGACAACCCCCAGCUCGCCCAUGUGGAGGCUGUGUGCAUUGCCUGGUUCACCAUGGAGUACCUGCUGCGAUUCCUCUCCUCACCCAAGAAAUGGAAGUUCUUCAAGGGCCCACUCAAUGCCAUUGACUUGUUGGCCAUUCUACCAUACUACGUUACCAUCUUCCUCACUGAAUCCAACAAGAGUGUGCUGCAGUUCCAGAAUGUUCGCCGUGUGGUCCAAAUCUUCCGCAUCAUGCGUAUCCUCCGCAUCCUUAAGCUAGCACGCCACUCCACUGGCCUCCAGUCCUUGGGCUUUACCCUACGCAGGAGCUACAAUGAACUAGGCUUGCUCAUCCUCUUCCUCGCCAUGGGCAUCAUGAUUUUCUCCAGCCUGGUCUUCUUUGCUGAGAAAGAUGAGGAUGACACCAAGUUCAAAAGCAUUCCAGCCUCUUUCUGGUGGGCCACCAUCACCAUGACGACCGUUGGGUAUGGCGACAUCUACCCCAAGACUCUCUUAGGGAAAAUUGUGGGGGGACUGUGCUGCAUCGCUGGGGUCCUGGUGAUUGCUCUUCCCAUCCCCAUCAUUGUCAAUAACUUCUCUGAGUUCUACAAGGAGCAGAAGCGGCAAGAGAAAGCAAUCAAACGGAGGGAGGCGCUCGAGAGAGCCAAGAGAAAUGGUAGCAUCGUAUCCAUGAACAUGAAGGAUGCUUUUGCCCGAAGCAUUGAAAUGAUGGACAUCGUGGUGGAGAAAAAUGGAGAAAAUAUGGGUAAGAAGGACAAAGUGCAAGAUAACCACUUGUCUCCCAACAAAUGGAAAUGGACAAAGAGGACACUGUCAGAAACCAGCUCAAGUAAGUCCUUUGAAACCAAGGAGCAGGGAUCUCCUGAAAAGGCCAGAUCAUCUUCCAGUCCUCAGCACCUGAACGUCCAGCAGCUGGAAGACAUGUACAAUAAGAUGGCCAAGACCCAAUCUCAACCCAUCCUCAAUACCAAGGAGUCAGCAACACAGAGCAAACCAAAGGAAGAACUUGAAAUGGAGAGCAUCCCCAGCCCCAUCGCCCCUCUGCCCACUCGUACAGAAGGGGUCAUUGACAUGCGAAGCAUGUCGAGCAUUGACAGCUUCAUUAGCUGUGCCACAGACUUCCCUGAUGCCACCAAAUUCUCCCAUAGCCCUUUGGCAUCCCUCCCCAGCAAGACUGGGGGCAGGACAGCCCCAGAGAUAGGCUGGCAGGGAGCUCUGGGCGCCAGCGGUGGGAGAUUUGUGGAGGCUAAUCCCAUCCCCGAGGCCAGCCACCACUCUGCUUUCCUCAUUGAAAGCCCCAAGAGUUCCAUGAAGACCAACAACCCCUUGAAGCUCCGAGCACUUAAAGUCAACUUCAUGGAGGGUGAUCCCAGUCCACUGGUCCCCGUUCUGGGGAUGUACCACGACCCUCUUAGGAACCGGGGGGGUGCUGCAGCUGCUGUUGCUGGACUGGAGUGUGCCACACUCUUGGACAGGCCUGUGCUGAGUCCAGAAUCCUCCAUCUAUACCACAGCAAGUGCUAGGACACCCCCCCGGUCGCCUGAGAAACACACAGCAAUAGCGUUCAACUUCGAAGCAGGUAUCCACCAGUACAUUGACGCGGACACAGAUGAUGAGGGGCAGGUGCUCUAUAGUGUGGACUCCAGCCCUCCCAAGAGCCUCCACGGGAGUGCCAGUCCCAAGUUCAGCGUUGGGACAAGAUCAGAGAAGAACCACUUUGAAAGCUCCCCCUUGCCCACCUCCCCUAAGUUCUUAAGGCAGAACUGUAUUUAUUCUACAGAAGCAUUGACUGGAAAAGGCCCCAGUGGUCAGGAAAAGUGCAAACUCGAGAACCACAUCUCCCCCGAUGUCCGCGUGUUGCCCGGGGGAGGAGCGCAUGGAAGCACACGAGAUCAGGGCAUCUGAGCUCCCCAACGUGGUGGAGAGACUCGUGGUGAGGUCCAGAGAGGGAUGCUGUUCAGCUUACCUGCCACAGAGCUUUUCUGCAUGAACUCUGAAACAGAAAGGCUCUGCCAAGCCCCCAGAAAGAAGAGAGACUCCAAAGAAGGCUCCCCAGAACCUUGAGAGCCAAGGACAGGUCCACCAGAAUGAAGCUGGCCGAGUCAUCGGAUAUGGCACCUCCUUGUCACAACUCUACUGCCCUCUUUGGGAGAUGACAUGAGCAGGUCUCACAGCCACCACUUCCACAUUCUAGACAUAACCGAGACCACCUGCUCCCAGUCUUUGCUUCUGGCUCUCCGUCACAGCCUCGCAGGGGAAUAUCUCCACCCCUCCCGGCUUCAGCUGGAGAAGAACGCUGGAACAGUGGCUUGUGUUUGUUGAAAGAGGGGGUUGACCGAUUGGUACUGGGUGUUGCCUGGAUGCCUCUAGGAACUCCUGCCAUCACCUUCUGGGUCGAACCCACUCCCGGAAGGCUCCAGGGAAUGCUUGUGUCAUGGGGAAAUCUCUGCGCCAUAAGCCACGAUCCCAGCUCACAGCCCUUAUUGCUCAAAUGUCUUCAUUGACUUCAGUAUUCCGUAGUAGCUGAGAUUUUAUUUUGAGAUAUCAUCAGGGUGAGUUGCACCACUUGUACUCGAUUCUAAUUGCCCCCGGCAAUCUGGGAAGGGUUCAGAAGGUGGGCGCUCAGCAGGCAGUAUGAACUCUGAGCACUGUUUUAGGAUGGUAAGAGGAAAACACUUUCUGUACAUCGCUAGUGUAGACUCAAAAGAUAUGCAAGUGUCAAAUAUGCAAAAGAUAUAGCUUAUUCAAAGAGACUGUAUGUUCCUGAAGAACAGAAUAAAAUCUGAUUUAUUUUUACCUGCAAAAACAAAAGGAAAAAAGAAAUCCCCAAUUGCAAUGCCCAGUUCAGACUUUUGAACACUGCCUGCGGUGGCAGGGACAGCAUCUACUAUAAUAGAAAUUCUUUUUUGUUUCUGUGGUAUUCAAGUUUAAAAAAAAGUUAAAAUAAAAAGCACUUUAUGUUUUUCAAAAAUAGGUUCUACCAGGGACAGUGUCAACAUCUUGCACUUUAAAACAAGCUCUAUUUCCCGGGGGCCACUUGUUGGAGCUACCGUUAGGUUGUCGCUGUGUGCCUGUGUUGGCCACGUGAGGGAGGCUGUGCUGGUAUCGCUGGCCGCCGUUCAGAGUCUCCUUCCCUGCCCCAGAAGCUUCCCAUAAGAAGCUUCGGGAAGAGUCCUUGGCCCUUGCAGGGGGCCUCUCAUACAGUCCCGUGUACAGGAAACAUCUCAGCAGACUGCAGUAGACGGUUGGGUGUUUUACUCUGUUCUCUUUCUUGUCAACCAGCUGUUGGUGUGUGUUCAGUGUCACUGUCUGUACUGCAAGCUCAGCUCUCCUUUCUGCAGCCAUCAAUGCAGCCAGUACAGACAAAAGCAAUAAGUAUUUGUGUGCAUCAUGAGCGGCCCCAGCGUUGGUCCUGCCCAUCCUAACUUGGUGACCUGGUGUGGGCCUGUCUGAUUUCAGUCCAAUGGCACAAGCUGUUGGCCAUUCCUCAGUUCAGUGACAUCAGGUUGAGCCACUGCUGAGCCCGAUGGUAUGCCAUGGGCCCAUCUGUCAGUAGAGCUGGCACGUUAUUGAUCUGCCUGUCUUUAGCACAAUGGAACGAUGUCAUUCUCUUAAUACAAUGUUGAUGGAUGAUGUCCCGAGUACAGUAGUGUAGACGUGUUGAUCCUCGACACAGUGACAGGCAUAUGUCUUCCUGAAGGAACAAAACACGGUUGGAUUCGCCUGUUCUUCAUACCAUAUGUUGUUGGUCUGCCUGUUAGUACCACCACCUGUGGGUUCACAGUUAUCACCAAGUCUCUCUGCCCACCCUCUGUACUGUGGCCAGAGGCUGGGCCAGCUGUCAUGGGUGUAAUGACAUGGGGUCCUUCCACCACCCUUAAAAUGCACUGCUGCCUACACCCGCCCACUUCCUACUGCUUCUCAGCAUCACAGAGGAUCACAGAUCCCACCAAGGGGGAAAAUGAGCUCCGAAGUAGGUUGCUUCUCUGGAGGUGUCUUCAGAUGGCUCUCACGGCAAACGCAAGGGCCUGUAGGAAGCAGGGACAGCGUGAGGUCAUCCUGGGCCAGUGGCACCCGAGAGGCAGCAGCAGCGAGCGCCUCCGGGGCACUUGGCUGAGCGCACGGCUCGAGCUGGGGUCUGCGAGGAAUGGCCAGGGGACAGUCCAUCCCGGGCCUCUCCCGUGUCUCUUCUCUGUUUUCAUUGCCAUUUCCAUCCACCAUCAGCACAAAUGUGACAAUUCAGGGAAAACAAAAGCUUUUUGAUAAAAAGUCAGUAGUUGUGAUUUCCGAUUCAGAUAUUUUUAGAGCUGAUGCUAUCUGUAAAAAUUAAUAAUAAUAAUAAUAAUAAUAUAGUCUAUUUUACAUAUCAGGAAAGUGAAUAUGUUUAAAUAUAGCCAUAUAUAGCGAGAAGGAACUCACCACCCCUUCUUCAAAUCAAAGCAUUUCAUUUGUUGGUUGAAGCAGACGAGCAGUGUACAGAUUGGAAAUGAUUUCUUUCUUUCUUUCUUUUUUUUUUUUUAACAAUAACCAAUUGGUGCAACUCUCCUUGUAACCAAAGCCCUUUCUGCCUUGUGUGGUCAUGCGGGACCUCGCCCUUCAUUUCUCGUGUAUUUUUGUCUGACCUUAAAGUAGCAUUUCACUGAGUCACUUUUGAAGGACGAAUUCAGAAGUAUCAUUGAGAACCUACCUUUCAGGCUUAAUAGCCAGAGUCCUAUAGAGUUCUUAUAGAAACAGAAUAAUUGAAACUCAGCAUAUACUAUGCUUAGAAAGUAUUGUGUUUUGUUUUGGCUUUUUCUUUUACUUGUGUAUGUAUCAUGGGAAAAUAGCUUUUACCCUGUGCCCCAUUCCAAAUAGAGUAUUCUAAGUUUUCCCAGGCCCCCACCUGCCAAAAAGGAACAUACCCAGAUUUUUAACGUGUGAACGCCCUCCCAGGACGUGCACUGGGAAAUCUCCCCAAGAGUCUCCACUGAGAUGCUAAGCUUGAUAGCUGGGUCUUGAUAGAGAAGAAGAAAGCCAUGGUUUGGAGGCAAAUACUGCUUUGACUUGGUGGUCCAUGUCCCAACCAUUCCUGAACCAGCGAAAGCAGAAAAAACACAAGUCAACCCAAAGAAAUAGAAUGAGAGGCUGGCGGUGGAGCCAUCCCUGGCCCCUGGAAUGAAUUCAGCGAAGCUCAUCGGGUCCGACUUGAGUUCCAACUUCCACCAUUACCAGAAAGGAUGAGGGGCCCGGGGCCUCUGUGUCCUGAGCACCAGGGGAGAGUGUGACCAGCAGAGAGAGGUGGGCAAGCUAUAGAAAAGACACUUUCUCCACCUUUUCAUCUUUGGGUGAAGAAAAAAACCACAGGGCUUCGGUGCAGUGGAUUUCUCAGUGCCUUCUUUAAGGAUUUUAUCUUAAGCACACUUCAUGGGGAAAGAUUUAAGAGGAGAGCACAUUUGUGCCCAUGAAGCCCCUUCCUAAAAGCAUCGGGGGUUGAGAAAGAAGCAGCAGCAGAGGAGAAAGAGCAAAAAUCCUGAGGGGACCACUUCUUACAGCCCACCCUCCCCUGAGGACUGCUGACGACCAAGGCGUCUUCAGACUGACUCAGCUUCUCCUCCACUGUGUCUUAGUAACUGUAGCCUCGUUCCUGCCCUCUCUCCUCAUCGGAUCCACAUUUCUAAGGAGAAAAAAACAAACAGUAUUCUCUUCUGUAAAUCAGUGAUGCGGCAUUGAUGUUUGUUAACUAUUGUCUAUUUUUGUCUUGCUCCAAAUCGUGGCUGGAGUGUCUGGACACGGGAAGAUUUUAAGUCACCACAGACAAGGGUCGCUAAAGCCAGGUCUCUCUCUUUCUCCUUUCCAUAUUUCUCUGUCAACUCGUCCUAAGUAAUAUAACCCCAGGCUCCAGUCUCCAGUCGCAUAACUUUGAAUCAAAUGAGAGCGUGCUCAAACACCUCCAGAACACCAUCCUCUGGAAAAGGACUUCUGUGGCUUCAAAGUUGGCAGGAAGACGAAGGGGCUCUUCUGAGUCCUCUAGCAGGCCAGCAGAGAGCUUCCAGCCAGCCCUGAGCUGAAGUUUCCUCGCCUCUCACUACUUACAUGACAGCAUCCAAAUGCAUUCACUCAGCCAGGGGGACCCUAACCAGCCCUGACGACACCCAGAAAUAAGAGUUACCUCUGCAUUUUCUGUUGCCAUUUUUCUGGCUCUAGAACUAUCGGAUGCGUGACUACGUCAUAGAAUGUCCAUGCAUCUCAGAAUAGUCUAUUUUUCUGUUUAGAUACAAUAUAAAUAUAUGUAUUUUUAGCAAAUUUAUAAUAGGGCAUUGAGUCUAAUUUCUUCUUUUGUAAUACAGAAUAACAUCUUAGGAGUUUUAUUGUUGGUCAUGAUCACAGCUGGUAUAUUCUGGUCCUUUUCAUUUUUUCCUAUUGCCCCUUGAGCUGUUUUUUCUCCUCCUCCUUUUGAUUCUGAUAUUUGGAACGUGGGGGGUGGAGGGGGGAGCUUGGGGGCCUGCCUCUCUCAGGCAGGUGUUUCCUGACCGUAGGCCUUGCGUCUGCUGGCACUGUCCCCUUCCUUGUUCUGUUUGUGUGUUUCUCCUACUUGUUCUAAGAAUCCAAGGCUCAGAUGCAGGAGCGGGACCAGGGACACAGGCCCUGGAAAUCGGGUUAGGAUGGGGGCCUAUUCAGUGCCUUCCCUACACCUCGCUGGGGCUGUAAGGGGGCUGAUUUUCUCAUCCCCAGCGAUCUCACAACCGAAGAUCUCAUGGAAGCAAACUUCCCGCUGGCAUUUCCAAGGUCCAAAACACACCCGAGCCUCUCUCGGCUGGCCCAGCGCCCCCUGCCCUGUGACAUUAAUAGGCCCUGAAGGCCAGAGUAUUUUCAGGUUCUUGCAAACCUGGUAGAACAUGCUGGGCCUCAGAUCUCAUCAACCUUUCAUCAGUUCCUCAUGUCAGUCCAUUUCCAACAGCUCACCAAAAAGCAGUGGCCAGACACCCAGCCAAACCCCAAGAAGACGUGUCCAGAAUCUGCCAUCUCAUCCCCCUUCCCUUCCCAACUGCUUGGCUCUGUGCAGCCAGAAUGUACGCAGGGGCCGCAGUACUUUUCCAUCUUCCACCACUCCAGGCCUUGGGGAGUUUCUGGACCGUCCUGAUAAUUAAUUCCACCAGGCAUUUUCCAACCUUGGACAGGCAGAGGACACCUCAUGCAACAGGAUCUUCAGCAGAGAGGGGUUCUCCAUCCAUCAACGCAUGCAGGAGGGUGAAGACAAGACAGAGAAUCUCCUGCUUGCAUUUACGUGGGGGGUUCCGAUCCCCUCUGCCUCACUGGGCUCUGGCUUCUGCCCAGAUCAGACACAGGAACCAAAUCAGGACCCCCACAUGGCAUCCCAUUGGCUCCACCUCAAGAGGAAACCAACCCAAGUAUGAAUUUAUUAUUGUGAACCAAGACCCUAAUCUUAUUUCUCCCACCCCCAAAUUCCUGGUAAUAUGGUUGAAGCAGAGCCAAAUAAAACAAAUGAGAAUUUUUGUUUAACUUUUGCACAAGAACAACAUAAAAAUUGUCUCCCAGUGGUUUGCUAGGUCUGAUGCCCAGAUUAGCAAACACGCUUGCUUGCCUGUGACUGUUUUCAUCUAGAAGGAAUGUAUAAUUUGGGUUUCCAUCCACUCUCCCUGACACAAUCUUAACCUGGAAUUUCUCCUGAAAGCCCCAAAAUGCCAACUUGAAGAAAUAGAUUUGGAAGGAGCUCUGAUCAUCAAGCCACACCUCAUCUUCACCUCUAACUCCCCAUUUUUCUUGCAAAGAUCCAAAGCUACCCAGGAUGGGGUGGUGUGGGGGCAGUUUAUCUGCAAAAGAAACCAGCUGCUUGCAAGGCUUAGGAUGUUUCUUUCACAUGUGAUGGGCAAGGAGUCCAUUCAGUUCAAAGGAAGGAAGCACGUCUAAGAGGUGGGGCCGCCUCACCAUGGAACGUGAUGUCAUGUUGGUCAUGGGUUCCCUGACACCACCAGUGUGUAGAGGGAGUCUGGAAGGUAUAGGAAGUGGAUGUUGCAGAGGGAGCUUGGCUUUGCAUGCAGCUGGACUGAACAACCAGGGAAAUCCUCUCAUUCUCUCUCUCUCUCUUUCUGUUGUGGCAUGUGUAUGCAUGCGUGCGUGCGUGCGUGCGUGCGUGUGUGUGUGUGUGUGUGUGUGUGUGUACUGAAUACUUGGGCACAGAUGUAAGCCCCCUGACGCAAAGGCAAGGAGCGCAGUUAAUAGGAACUCAAAUUCUAAGAUUUGGAAUUUUCAGAGGGGAUGUCAGAAAGGAAACUGGCAGCCGGUCACCCUUCUCCUCUCUGUUCCUCAUCCUGGACACUUUAAAUGGCCCUUUUGACCACCCAAUAAACCCUUCCCUAGUGCCCUAAUAGGAGCCACACUGGUUACCUUCCCCCAGGCCAGCCAAGGAGCCAUCCUGUCUCUGGCUGGCCAUCUCACGGUGCUUCGGCCCUCCUGCCAGACCCCGUGCCCUCACAGGCCCGAUGCUUUCAGUACAAGAGACACAAUUAUCCUUUACUCACGAGCCAGCUGCCUAAUGAACAAACUGCCCAGGCAAUAGCAAAUUGCACCAUUUCCAAAGGGCUUUUUUUUUCUGGCAAAUAAAACAGGAAACCCACUCAAGACCUUGGUAACGUCUCCACCCAGUGAAGUAAGUUCAGAAAGGCCCAAAAAGAAGUGACUGAGUUUUACAGCAAAACAAGUCUUUGGCUACCCCAGGAGGGAUCCCGGCCAUCAGCCACACCUAGAGCUCCUUCCAGAGGGGACCUGGACACUGAAAUCCCUAAGGAAAGCAUUUGACAAAAAAGUUCUUAACUCUCCCCGCAACAGUGUUUGGUGGGUUCGAAGCAGGUGGCACUCUAUCCUCAGAGCAACCCCAAGUCCAGGCAAUUGCAGGUGGUUUUACUACAGCAAUAGGUUUGGAGGGAUAGACUGAGCAUUUGCCUUCCUCCAGAACCAAAACAAAACAAAAACCCAGUUUCCAAAUCUCCCUGUGAUGCUCUGUCCUGCAGGAAUAGCCCAAGUGAGUGAUUGCAAUGACAUGACAAUUCUGGGAAAGCAGGUGACUCCCAGCUCUGGCCUCUGUGGUCACUCUCGCGAGUUGUGCAUAAUACCCGUCUCCCUGCCUCCCUGAGCUAGUCCAGGUUGGAGAGAAACAGGUAAUCACAGAAGACGCCCAAAGGAUAUAGGCCUCCCCAAGGGUCUUCACUGCAGUUUGGGAUUUUCUCUAGAUGCGCUUGACAUUUAAACUCGGCGUAGUGCAUGACGGGUGGGGAAGAAGUAGGUCAGCAGCUGCUGGGCUGGGCAGCUGGCCCCUUUGCUGUCCAGUCCCAACCUAGUUUCAAUCCAAGGUCAAGGGCUGGAAACACCAUUCAGUGUACCAGAAACUCAGGGUUAUCCCCCAUUGUAUGCCAUUGGCACAUGGCGUUCACCUAACCUGUUUCUUUGAGUGAGUAACCUUGCAAAUGAUUGACUACUGAGCGAUCAAGUGGAUGAGUGAAUGUGUGAAUGAAUAGGGGAGUUCAUUAGUUCUUACAAGACCUGAGGUCUGGAUAACUGAAGGAAGGCGAAAUGGGAAGCUCUUCCCAUUGAAGCCGGUAACAGCCACACCAAGACCAUCUUUGACUCAUUCUGGAGCCAAGAUCUCAUCCAAAGUUGACACUUGUCUGCCCUAAGGCCACAACCUUCUCAGAGCUACCCUUCUAGGGGGUCCUGGGGCACCCCCAACCUUCUUCCUACUCUCCCACCCUACCUUUUCAGCCUCAUGUUCUAGUUUAGCUCACACGGAACCUAUGGGGAGACCACGAAGUGGCUUUCCAAUGGGUUAAGCCAAGAGUCUGGAGUAAGGGUUUCUCCUGGUCUGGGACUUGCUAGGGGCAGGGAUGUGGAGCUGACAUCUGAAACUGGAUCGCAUUCCCUGAGCCAUGGGAAUCCAGCUGGAAAAGAGAGCCAGCCUGUCCUCUGGCUUUUAGAGUCCACGGUGUUCCUUUUUUUCUGAGCCCAGCCCCCUCCAAGGCAGCAUGCGCUCCAGUCCCAUGAGCUAAGACCCUCUGUCUCUCCCAGGAACCCACAGUGUGAAGUUGGGGCUUUUCUGCCAGCAAAGCCAUUCUGAUCACCCCACCCAUGAUGGGGGCCAAGCCAAUCACAUUAGCCAUAAAUGACCAAUGUCCUUAGUCUCUCUUUUCCCUGGGUCACAUUCGUGGGUCCUGUUCUUCUCUGGUCAGUUCAUGUCUCUAGUCCUUCCUGUAAAGGUGAAAAUGAGCAUUGUGCAUACACACACACACAGAAACAAACAACAAAAAAAGAGUGUCUUUUUAUGCAUGUGAUAAGAUGACAUUGUGACCUCCAGCUGCUGUCCUGUCUUGUAAAAUACGUCCAAAUGUUUAAGAAUUUCUAAGCAAAUGGUCCCUUAAUGAAGUCUGCAGAGUUCAAUAAAAAGGUAUGGAGAAAA